AUGGAAUCACCUUUCGAGAGGCUCGCCAUUUCCCCAAAGCUUCUUACCAUCAGGGAAGCAUGCCAGGAAUUAGAGGCCGUGCCUCGAUAUCGGCAAGUUGACGCGGCAUACGAAAGCCCCGAAAUAAUAGCGGCGAAACUCGCCGGAUGCACCUGGGGCGACCAGACCAUGUUCUGGUUAAACUUCGUAAUUGAUGUACUGAAAAGGACCGAAAACGAGCCACGGAUUCGGAUAGCCAGGUCACUGGUGAGGGAGAAAGCUCAAAGCGGAAGCGUUUCCGAAGUUGAAGCUCUUCUACCUCUUCUUUCGAGAGCCGAUUACUUUGAGGACCAGCAUCACGGCCAGGAACAUCUCGAAGAACUUCUGCGAGAUUCUCUAAGGAGUCUCAACUUUCCCAGGCCAGACAAGGAACUUGGCAUCACAAAUUCAACCACAUGCCUUGAAGCUGUUAUCAAUUGGAUGGAAAGUGAGGCUAUCGAGCCAGACCAUCUUCUUGAAUGGGGCGUGGACUUAAAGAAAUGGGUUUGUCCCCAGGCGCUUGACAGCCUCAGCCGAGUUAUUGGUUUCCUCAAACGCGGCGGGAAAUCACUUGCCAAGGAUUACGGCUUCAGUAUUUUUGACUUAAAGGGAGCCAAUGAAGGCAACUCGCGCCAGGAUAUCUUAAAAAGCGAGCUUCAAAAGGUAGUGUUGAAUGAACUCGUGUCCAGUGGUUGCGACGUGAACCUCCGUAAUGCCCAGGGUUACACGAUGCUCUGGUACCCAGGGCAUCUCGUACGCACGUUACUCGACAAUGGUGCUCGCAUAGACAUAUACGACCAUAAUGGCAACACGGUCCUACACGACAUGGUAUUGAAACGGCGUGAGACUCAACUCAGGGACCUCCUGAAUGACAGCAGGGUUCGGGGUGCGGUAAAUCUAUUGAAUAGGGAAAACCUUACCCCUUUUCACCUCGCACUAGGGAUCGAUGAUCUUGGCGAAUGGAGAACCUUCACGAACCUGCUCGAGAGCGCCCUGGCCAGUGUGUAUCUGCCUCUUCCACGAGGCGCAUAUCGGGAUGAGUUGAUAAGGAGUCUCGAGAAGUGGAAAGAUAACUUGCAUCUAAAGACAGCUUAUUGGUAUGGCCAAUAUUCUGAGAAGCGCCUGCAAAUAGUGCGGCAGGUUUGUGGCGUGAAUAACACUACUAUUUAA